GUUUGACGAAGUUAAAGGGGAGACGAGACUACUUCUAGUAGCAGUAGGACAGACACGGCGAUUCCGCAGCUGUCUCGUCGGAUUUGUGGCUGCGUAAGGACCCGAGACAGUUUCCUCGGCAAGCAAAAUCUAACGCAGAGUUCACUGCGAGUCAAGGGAGAGGUGAAAUCCGGGCAAAAUGGGCGACGAGUUCCCUAAAGAGUACGACGUAAUCGUCGUCGGCACGGGUAUGACCGAGUCCAUUUUGGCCGCAGCGGCCAGCCGAGUCGGGAAGCGGGUGUUGCACUUGGAUAGCAACGAGUAUUAUGGCGGCCUGUGGGCCUCUUUCAACUUCGAGGGCCUGCAGCAGUGGGUCGGUGACUGCCAGAAGCCCAAGGACGAGACCGAGUGCAAGGCCGAUCCGCAACUCGCGGACGGCGAGUCGGCCCUCAAAAUGAGGGUGCACAACCCGCCGACGGCCACUAACGUCAAGGAGCAGUGGCACGUCCCUGAGACCGUGGAGAGCAGCGGCGACGAUGCCAAAAAGGCGUGGAGCCAGGAGGAAGUGAAGAAGCUGUACAGAAAGUUCAAUAUCGACCUGGCUCCAAAGCUGCUGUACUCGCGCGGUGCCCUGGUGGAGCUGCUCAUCUCCUCCAACAUCGCCCGCUACACCGAGUUCCGCAACGUUACCCGCGUCGUCACCUGGCACGAGGGCAAACUUACGCCGGUGCCGUGCUCGCGCGCCGACGUCUUCGCCACGCAGAAUAUUACCGUCGUGGAGAAGCGCAUGCUCAUGAACCUGCUGCAGGAGUGCACCGAGUACGAAGGCAAUCCAGAGAAGUUGAAAAAGCACGAGAAUCAGAGCUUCUUAGACUUCUUGAAGGACAAGCAAUUGACGGACAACCUGAUUCACUACGUGCUGUACGCGAUUGCGAUGUCAACCGAAGAGACGCCUUGCAUCGAAGGCAUGGCUCGCACCCAGAAAUUCCUGCUGAGUCUGGGUCGCUACGGCAACACUCCCUUCUUGUGGCCCAUGUACGGGAGCGGCGAAAUUCCCCAGGCCUUCUGCAGACUGUGCGCUGUGUUUGGCGGGCUGUACCACCUGAAGCGAGGAGCUGAGGCCCUGAUCGUUGGCUCGGACAACACGCUCAAGGCAAUCCACUCGGACAAAGAGAAUCUGAAGAGCAACUAUCUUGUGAUGGGCCUUGACUAUGCCCCCGACUCGUUGCUGCCGGAAGAGUCGCCCGGCAUCUCGCGAGGUGUCUUUUUGAUUGACAGUUCGAUCCUGGCUGCUGACAAGGAGCACCUGACCCUGCUCGAGUUUCCUCCUGAUGAAAGCUCUGGGCCGGUUACCAUUGUGGAGGUUGGAUCUCUCACGAACGCAUGUCCACAAGGAUUGUACAUGGUUCACAUGACCACGAAGCAGAAGGGCAGCGCUGAGGAGGACCUGAUGUCGGUGGCCAAGAAGCUGAUGAAUUUCCCUGGAGAGACGGACGAGUCUAAGCCUAAUCUCGUGUGGUCCAUGUUCUUCAACAUGAAGGACACAUCAACUUGUGAUCUUGGUGCCAACACACCAACCAAUCUUUUCCUCACUUCAGGACCUGAUCUGGACCUGGAUUUCGACUUCGCCAUUAAACAGGCGAAAGAGAUCUUCUCAAAAAUGUAUCCCGAAGACGAGUUUUUGCCGAGAGCACCAGACCCAGAGGAAAUCAUCCUAGACGACGACGAUGAGGACAAGCAAAAGCAGCCGGAAGAGAAGGCCUCUGAGGAGCCUCAGGAGUGAAGUCUUUAAGUGAUAACAGCACAUUUUGGCUUUGGCUUGUUGAUGCAUUCCGUUUCUGUUUAAUUUAUCAAAGUACACCACUCUCUAUUAAUUGUUUAAAGUUUUACCCAUAUUAUUGCACUCUGGUCAUUUUUACCUAUUUUUGUAUGUUUUCUUACAAAAAUUAGCCACUCUCUGAUUUGGUGCUAACGGCGUGUGUACUGUGUAUUUUCCCAUUGGGCAGCAUGGCUCCUUUAUUUAUGAGAUUUACGCGCUUUGAUGCUCAAAUAUCAUGAGACGCAUUCAUAAGCUUUGUUCAAUAUCAUGAGAGAAAAAAGCCCUUAGAACUGAAUUAAAAGCUGCAUUUGGACCCAUGUCAAGUAAGGAGUAUUUCAGCUUAUUGUGAUCUAUGCUUAAAAUAUAUAGUAGUAUUUUAUUUGACUCGAGAGACAUUGUGUAAUCACCAAAUAAAAACUUUGAGCACCCUUCA